AUGAAUGAUCCAAUAAAUGUACCUUCUUCUCCUCAAGUUGAAUUAAACAUUGAAAAUAAUGCAAGCCAAAAUCAUAAAUUAUUAACAACAACAAAAAAAAAUUCAUCGUCCCUUGAAAAGAUCGUUUCAGCUUUUACAGGCGCUAUUAUUACUAUGACGUUCAUGAAUCCAUUAGACGUUGUUAAAACUAGACUUCAAGAAACUACAAAAAAUGGGAAAACUGAAUAUAAAGGAACAAUUGACUGCCUUUCGAAAAUAUUUAGAAAUGAAGGUACUUUUGCAUUAUGGAGAGGAUUGAUACCAGGAUUAGUAAUGGCAUUACCAUCGACGGCUAUUUAUUUCGUCGGUUAUGAUUAUAUUCGAGAUCACAUAAAGAAUUCUCGAUUUGAAUAUACAACUUUAGACAUUUAUUCACCUUUAUGGGCUGGAGGAUUAGCAAGAACAAUGGCAGCAUUAGUCGUAUCACCACUUGAAUUGUUUAGAACUCGUAUGCAAUCAAAAGAAGGCAUUCAUGGUUUCUCAGAUGUUUGGUUGGGUGUUAAAAGGAUGGUUCAUUUGGAAGGACCACAAGCAUUAUGGCGAGGUUUAUUACCUACAAUGUUAAGAGAUGUACCUUUCUCAGCUGUCUAUUGGAUGGGAUAUGAAAAGAUUAAACAUCAACUAAUCUUGGACAAUAGUAAUCAAAGUCAUUUUCAAAUAGCCUUUAUUUCAGGGGCCACAUCAGGUAUGAUGGCAGCUAUCAUUACAACCCCAUUUGAUGUAAUCAAGACACAACGUCAAGUGAGUUCAGGAGCCGAUGAAGCUAAGCUAAAUAAUAUUCUAAAAAAUAUCAUUUUAAAAGAUGGUUUAUCUGGAUUCUUUAAAGGAGUUGUACCCCGAGUAGCGAAAGUAGCACCUGGAUGUGCUAUCAUGAUUUCUAGUUAUGAAAUGGGCAAACAUUUUUUUUCAAGUCGUAGAUUGUAA